AUGAAGUUAGCAAUCCAAAUGAUCACGGCAGCGAUGUUGAUGUCGUCUACAGGCGCCCUCAAUGACGAUGCACUGGUCACGCAUCUGCCUGGUUUAGACUUCCAGAAGCCCCUUUCAUUCAAACAUUAUGCCGGUCACUUGGAGCUUAAGGAGAAGGAGAAACUUUUCUACUGGUAUACGGAGAGUCAGAGCGACCCCGAGAACGACCCGAUCGUGUUGUGGCUGAACGGUGGACCAGGCUGCUCGUCAUUGGGUGGACUCUUCACCGAGAAUGGACCUUUUGUUGUCCAGGAUGACUUGUCCGUCAAGGUGAACCGGUACUCUUGGAAUCGCAAGGUCAACAUGGUGUGGCUCGAGUCUCCGGCUGGUGUGGGCUUCAGUGGUGACGUCAAGGGCCCUAAUUACUACAAUGACGAUGUCAUUGCUGCCAAGACCCGUGAGUUCCUCAGCUUGUUCUUCAGCAAGUUUAGUGAGCUCAAGAACCGAGACUUUUAUAUUACGGGUGAGAGCUACGCCGGCAUGUACAUUCCGUACCUCGUUGAUCUCAUGGUGGAGAAACCGAUUGAAGGUGUGACCCUUCGAGGCUUUGCAAUCGGUAACCCAUUCACGGACAACAUCAUUGAUGGCAAUGCCUACAUCGACUACUAUUACUCGCACGCGAUGGUCUCGCUCGAAGCCUACGAGGAGAUCAAGGUGCGCUGUGGUGCGCACAUCGGCUGCCUCUUUGACGAGACUCCGUGUCCUGCCGAGUGUGAAGUGCUGCUGGAGCAGGCUGAGGUGGAAGCAAAUGCCGACGCACUGGACCCGUACUUCAUCUACGGUGACAAAUGCCUGCUGGAUAAUACACAGGCAAAGGCUUUGCGCAAGAGAGCCAAACCAUCGGUGCUGUUGUCGCCCACACAUCGUGGUGACAUUGGUGCUUGCGCCGAUUCACUCACACACGCGUACUUGAACCAGCGGAGUGUGCAAAAAGCCAUCCAUGUAACAAAGCCUGGUGGCAAAUACGUCACUUGGAAGGGCUGCAGCGAUCCAGUUGGAGAUUUGUACAAGUCCAGCCCGUCUUCGCUUCCUAAGUACCAGAACAUCCUCAAACAUGACCUCAAGGUGCUUAUCUACAGCGGUGACGCCGAUUCUGUCGUAAAUUUUGUCGGUACUGAGCGCUGGAUUGGUGGUCAAGGGCUCAAGUUGCAUAUCAAGGAGAAGUGGCAUGCUUGGUUUGGUCCGGACAAGCAGUUGGCUGGAUACGAACAGAUGUACAAUGGUCUGACCUUUAAGACCGUCAAGGGUGCUGGUCACAUGGUGCCUGCAGUUCGGCCUCUUCACGGUCUCAAUCUUUUCGAGUGCUUCGUGUACGGUCAGAACGCCUGCAAUAAGUUUCUGUAUCCCAUAGAUGACAACGAGAUCGAAGCUGGAUUGACGGUGGUAGACCAGAACGUCGAUAACACUGUCAAUGGCAACGUUAUCUCCGAGAACGAGUCCCAGGCGUCAUUAAUUUUGAUCGUGGCAUGCGGAUUGAUCGUGAUGCUAGUGGCCGUUGCCAUCCAGAAUAUCCGGCAGCGGGGCAUAUACCAGCGUCGAUGCGCCAAUGGCUACCAGGCCGUAGUGUAA